UAAACCAAAUAUAGGGCACACGCCCCCAUUCUGGUUUUCUCUCCCACGGUCUCACUCUCACCCUCCUUCCGCCCUCGUUCCAGAUCGUCCCGCCGGCGCUGCGAUCCAGAAAUCGCCCAUCGAUCAAGUGAAGGAUUGUCUUAAAUGGCUUCUGGAAGAGGCAUUUUCCAUCUUCUCAAAAAGAAGUCUCUUCACCAAUCAUCAACUUCAUCUUUCUUACCCUCAUAUAUGUUAAAGCCAGAUCAGGGUGCCGCUGGAUCUGCUGGAGUGAAGUCACUCAGAGCUUUGGCAUUCCUUGGAGUAGGUGUUUCUGGCUUGUUGAGCUUUGCUACUAUAGCUUCUGCUGAUGAGGCUGAGCAUGGCCUGGCAUGUCCAAGCUAUCCAUGGCCACACAAAGGAAUUCUCAGUUCCUAUGACCAUGCUUCAAUUCGACGUGGCCAUCAGGUUUACCAACAGGUUUGCGCUUCUUGCCACUCAAUGUCUCUGAUUUCAUAUCGAGAUCUAGUUGGUGUGGCAUACACGGAAGAAGAGACAAAGGCUAUGGCUGCUGAGAUUGAGGUGGUUGAUGGUCCUAAUGAUGAAGGUGAGAUGUUUACUCGCCCUGGAAAAUUAAGUGAUCGAUUUCCCCAGCCAUAUGCAAAUGAGCAAGCAGCUAGGUUUGCCAAUGGUGGAGCCUAUCCUCCAGACCUCAGCCUGAUUACCAAGGCACGACAUAAUGGUCAGAACUAUGUGUUUGCCCUUCUCACUGGCUACCGCGAUCCACCAGCUGGUGUUUCGAUCCGUGAGGGGCUGCACUACAACCCAUACUUUCCUGGUGGAGCAAUUGCCAUGCCAAAGAUGCUUAUUGACGGUGCUGUGGAGUACGAAGAUGGCACUCCAGCUACUGAAUCUCAGAUGGGAAAGGAUGUUGUGGCAUUUUUAUCAUGGGCUGCCGAACCGGAAAUGGAGGAGAGGAAACUGAUGGGUUUCAAAUGGAUUUUCGUACUGUCCCUUGCUCUUCUCCAAGCAGCAUAUUACCGGCGCCUGAAGUGGUCCGUCCUCAAGUCGCGCAAACUGGUGGUUGAUGCUGUAAACUGAUUACACAUCUUUUUAGUUUCUGUAACUUUGAUUUAAUGUGGAAGAAAAUGGCAAUAAGGAGUGUGGCUGAAUCACAUUGCCGAUGAGAUUGGUUCCUAUCUCAAGCACUUUUUAUCGGGAGAGAAUUUUAUUUUAUUUUCGUUCGAUAUCUUCUAUUUCACAUAUAAAAUUUUGUGUUCUUUUCAAGCUUAGUUUGCUGCUGUCAACCAAACUGAUUGAUGAUAUUUUUCUGUUGUAAGCUGGGAAAGCUUUCAAUAAUAAAGAUUUCUGUCUU